GCGUAAAUAUGCGCUAACGCACACACAGAUUUCAUUUAUGGAUCCGUAUCGAAACGGGAAGAAAUCAGUUGACAAUGCUGUCUUGAUAUCAGGCUAAAGCUUCACUCAACCAAUUCGCAACGUUUGAAUCGGUGCAUCGACAGAUUCUUGGUCAUUUUAAAUCGAUUCAGCUCGAAAGCCAAGAGGGAUCUUUGGCAGUAAGGAGAACUGUUUUGUCAGUGGACCGAUGAGCCACACAUGAACCAAAGCCUCCAGUCUACUAUGGAUGAGGAGAGAGAGGAUGGGGGUCCUACCUCUAGGACCACUCUGUCUGGGGAACAUGGCCGCCAGAGCAAAGCUAAGAGCCCAGAGCAGCAGGAGAGAGCAGACUCCCCUGGACCCAGCUGUGUCUCCAUGAAGAGUGACCACUCGAUGGAACUUCCUUUAAAAUUUAAAGAUGGAAAUCAGUCUCUUGAGAAGAGAAAAGUCCAGCAGGAGAGAGCAGACUCCCCUGGACCCAGCUGUGUCUCCAUGAAGAGUGACUGGUCUAUGGAUAAUCCUCUUAACUUUAAAGAUGGACGCCCCUCCAGAGAGGAGAGACAACCCCACCAGAGGUCAAAGGUUACCAGUGCUCAGUCUGUACAGCAGUCUAUUGAGAAGAGAGGAGUCCAGCAGGAGAGACCAGACUCCCCUGGACCCAGCUGUGUCUCCAUGAAGAGUGACUGGUCUAUGGAUAAUCCUCUUAACUUUAAAGAUGGACGCCCCUCCAGAGAGGAGAGACAACCCAACCAGAGGUCAAAGGUUACCAGUGCUCAGUCUGUACAGCAGCAUCAAACAGAGCUGAUCAAGAGGGCUGAGGAGAACGCACAGGCUUUCCUAGACAAGGAGCUGAAGAAGCUCUGGAGGGAUCUCUUCCCAGAUUACCCACAAUGCUCAGAGAGUCAGAGGGAGGAGGAGGAGGUGGAUGGUAAGAACGAGGAGCAGAGGAGGCGCGCCAUAGAGGGAGUGGUGGACAUCACAAAGCUCUGCCUGAUGAAGAUGAACCAGGAGGAACUGGCCGUCACACUGGGGGACAGAUCUGCUGCUUUCAGGUGCCAACGCAAAAUUAAGUCUCGUUUGAAGAAGAAAUUCAAGUAUGUGUCUGAGGGUAUCGCUAAAGCAGGACAACCAACAGGUCUGAAUGACUUCUACACAGAGGUCUUCAUCACAAAGAGAGGCAGUGGAGAGGUCAACAAGGAACAUGAGGUCAGACUGAUUGAAACAGCUUCCAGGAGACCGGCCAAGGAGGAAACACCAAUAAAAUGUGAAGACAUCUUUAAACCCUUACCUGAUCAAGAUCAUCCAAUCAGAACAAUUAUGACAACUGGAGUGGCCGGCAUUGGUAAAACCGUCUUAACACAAAAGUUCACUCUGGACUGGGCCGGAGGCAAAGCCAACCACGACAUACACUUCACAUUUCUCUUAACUUUCAGAGAGCUGAAUUUACUGAAAGGGAAAGAGUUAAGCUUGGUCGAACUUCUUCAUCACUUCUUUAUUGAGACCAAAGAAGCAGGAAUCUGCAGAUUUGACCUGUUCCAAGUUGUCUUCAUCUUGGAUGGUCUGGAUGAGUCUCGACUUCCUCUGGACUUCCAGAAUAACCAGACCUGGACUGAUGUCACAAAGCCAACCUCGGUGGACAUGCUGCUGACAAACCUCAUCAGUGGCGACCUACUUCCCUCCGCUCGCAUCUGGAUAACCACACGCCCUGCAGCAGCCAAUCAGAUCCCUGCUGAGUGUGUUGACAUGGUGACGGAGGUGAGAGGGUUCACCGACCAACAGAAGGAGGAGUAUUUCAGGAAGAAAUUCAGAGGGGAGAAGCUGGCCAGCACAAUCAUCUCCCACGUCAAGAAAUCUCGAAGCCUCCACAUCAUGUGUCACAUCCCAGUCUUCUGUUGGAUCACUGCUACAGUUCUGGAGGACAUCUUCAAAACAUCUAAGAGUGGAGAAGAGGUGCCCAAGACCGUGACUCAGAUGUACAGCCAUUUCCUGAGGGUUCAGUCCAUACAGGGGGACAGGAAGUAUCAAGGGACAGCUGAAACAGGUUCACACCGGAGUUCAAAUAGCAGGAAGAUCAUUGUUUCUCUGGGAAAACUGUCUUUUAACCAGCUGGAGAAAGGCAACCUGAUCCUCUACGAAGAAGACCUGGCAGAGUGUGACAUCAAUAUCAAAUCAGCUUCAGAGUACACUGGCGUGUUCACCCAGAUCUUUAAAGAGGAGUGUGGGCUGUACCAGGACAGGGUGUUUUGCUUUGUCCAUCUGAGCAUCCAGGAGUUUCUGGCCGCCCUUUAUGUCUUUCUGUCCUUCAUCAACACGGGGGUCAAUCUGCUCUCAGAAGAAGCCCCAACCUCUGGUGAAGAUAAACUCCUCCACCUCUACCAGCAUGCUGUGGACAAGGCCUUAGAGAGUGAGAACGGACACCUGGACUUGUUCCUCCGCUUCCUCCUGGGCCUCUCUGUGGAGACCAAUCAGAUUGUCCUACGAGAUCUGCUGGCACAGAAAAAAAGUAGAACACUGAUCGCUAAGAUUAAGAAAGGUGUGCUGACCAAUAAGAAAACUAACAUCAAAUUAGUGUCUUACAUCAAGAGGAAGUUAAAUGGAGAUCUCUCUCCAGAGAGAAGCAUCAACCUGUUCCAUUGUCUAAAUGAGCUGAACGAUCUUUCUCUAGUGAGGGAAAUCCAACAUUACCUGACAUCAGGAAGUCUCUCAAGAAAAUCUCUCUCCCCUGCUCAGUGGUCAGCUCUGGUCUUCAUCCUACUGACAUCAGAAGAGGAGCUGGUCGUGUUUGACCUGAAGAAUUACUCUGCUUCAGAGGAGGGUCUUCUGAGGCUGCUGCCAGUAGUCAAAGCCUCCAAAACAUCUCUGUUAAAUGGCUGUAAGCUGUCAGAGAGAUGCUGUGAAGCUCUGGCCUCAGUUCUCAGCUCCAACUCCUCUAGUCUGAGAGAGUUGGACCUGAGUACCAAUGAUCUGCAGGAUUCAGGAGUGAAGCUGCUCUCUGCUGGACUGGGGAGUCCACACUGUACACUGGAAAUUCUCAGGUUGUCUGGCUGCCUAGUCACACAGGAAGGCUGUGCUUCUCUGGCCUCAGCUCUGAGCUCCAACCCCUCCCAUCUGAGAGAGCUGGACCUGAGCUACAAUCACCCAGGAGACUCAGGAGCUGCGCUGCUCUCUGCUGGACUGGAGGAUCCACGCUGGAGACUGGACACUCUCAGUGUGGAGCACGGUGGAGUAUUGAGGCUGAAACCAGUUCCACAGAGGUAUGCCUGUGAACUCACGCUGGACCCAAACACGGCCUAUGGAGACCUCUCUCUGUCUGAGGACAACAGAAAGGUGACAGGGGUUGAAGAGGACCAGUCGUAUCCGGAUCACCCCGAGAGAUUUGACUCCUGUCCCCAGGUGUUGGGUAGAGAGGCUCUGACCGGCCGCUGUUACUGGGAGGUAGAGUGGAAGGGACGUGUUGAUAUAGGAGUGACAUACAGAGGAAUCCCAAGGAGGAAAUGGGGUACUGACAGCAGGCUUGGAUGGAACAACAAGUCCUGGGUUCUUGAGUGUUAUGAUGAUCGUUACUCUGCCCGGUACAACGAUAUAGUAACAGCCAUACGUCUCCACCCCGCUGGCUCCACCAUAGUAGGAGUGUAUCUGGACCGGCCUGCUGGCUCUCUGUCCUUCUACAGCGUGUCCCCAGGUGGAGGAGGGUCCUCAGACACACUGACACUCCUCCACACCUUCUGGUCCUCCUUCACCCAGGAGGACCUCCUCCCUGGGGUUGGGUUAUGGGGGGCUCAGCGGGGUGCCUCAGCGUCUCUGUCGGGUAUAGGAAAGUAUAGCAUGAUAAACCAUGAAAAGACUUUUAAGAUCUUCCAUAGUUAG